CGCAUCCCUAGUAAUAUCUCCCAGUCACAAUGUCACUCGGUGAAGCUGAUGCGAAGUUUCCGCACACCCACCACUACGGCGAGCCCCCUUCGCCAAGCAUCGAGAACCCAGCAGGGGUCUUUCCGUAUACAGAUCCUCACGAAGCUCCUGCGGGCUCGAUAUCUGGUGUAGGAGAUCGCGGACGCAGUUCAUCGUCAUUGCUAGCGGUUGGAAACCCCUUCCUGCUGCAGGACGUGCUGUACAAGGUCGACCGCGCCCUCCUGGAAGCCAUCGAAGCCAUUGAAGGGGACGGCGGCAGAGUCUCCGACACAGACAACACCGGGAAGCAGGAGACAUUACUUGCAAAGUUUGAGCGCUGGCGAGAUGAAAUCGACGAGAUUCGGAGCCAGACGGGCGUGCAGCCGUCGAGGGCGACCUCGCGCGAAAGCGGGCGUGAAAAUGGCUACCAGCGUGAAGGUGGACUAUUCGCGGACUAGGCAAGGACGGCCACGUCGAGUGUGGAAAGGAAAUCAAGCGAGUAUACAACGGAUAGCUUAACACAAACAACCUGUAAUCCAUAUCAGCACGCAAUCGCAACAUGUACUAUCAUGGAACCAGUGUUCCUAUCGAAAAC